CUCACCGGACAGCCCCGAGGCUUUGCCGGACGCCGCUGUCCGGAGAGCCCCGACCUUGUUCCAGGCCGGAGCCGUUCCCUGCCCGGUGCCGUUCCCUGUCCCGUUCGCUGUCCCGUUCCCUGUCCCUGUCCCGUUCCCGGUCCCGGUGCCGGUGCAGCCAUGGCGGCCCCGCUCGCCCCCUCCGGUUUCCAGUUCGCCAUCGACCGCGGCGGGACCUUCACGGACGUGUUCGCCCGCUGUCCCGGCGGCCGCGUCCGCGUCCUCAAGCUGCUCUCCGAGGACCCCGCGUACCGGGACGCGCCCACCGAGGGCAUCCGCCGCAUCCUGCAGGAGGAGCUGGGGGUGGCCCUGCCCCGGGACCAGCCCCUGGACGGAUCCCAGAUCCAGUGGAUCCGCAUGGGCACCACGGUGGCCACCAACGCGCUGCUGCAGCGCCGGGGCGAGCGCACGGCCCUGGCCGUGACCCGCGGCUUCCGACACCUGCUGCACAUCGGCACCCAGGCCAGGCCGCACCUCUUCGACCUGGAGGUGGCCAUGCCGGACAUGCUGUACGAGGAGGUCAUCGAGGUGGACGAGCGGAUUGUCCCCGAGCAGCCGGAUUGUCACCUGCCCGGGAGUGACAGCUGGCCCCGGGUACAAGGCUGCUCCGGGGUCACUCUCCUGGUGCAGAAGCCGCUGGACCUGGAGCGGCUCCGGGGGGACCUCGAGGGGCUCCUGAGCCGCGGCUUCCGGAGCCUGGCGGUGCUGCUGCUGCACAGCUACGCGUGGCCCGAGCACGAGGAGCAGGUGGCCGCGCUGGCUCUCCAGCUGGGUUUCUCUCAGGUGUCCCUGUCCUCGGGCGUGGCGCGCAUGGCCCGGGCCGUGCCCCGCGGCCUCACGGCCUGUGUGGACGCUUACCUGAGCCCAGGUGUGCGCAGCUACCUGCACAGCUUCUGCCAGGGCUUCCGGGACGGGCUGCAGGGGGUCCGUGUGCUGUUCAUGCGCUCGGACGGCGGGCUCACCCCCAUGGCCCGGUUCCGGGGGUCCCAGGCCAUCCUGUCCGGCCCCGCCGCGGGGGUCGUGGGCUACGCCCGGACCACCUUCGACCCCCGGGACGGGACCCCCGUGAUCGGCUUCGACAUGGGAGGCACCUCGACGGACGUGAGCCGCUUCGCGGGCGCGCUGGAGCACGUGUUCGAGGCCAGCACGGCCGGAGUGUCCAUCCAGGCCCCGCAGCUGGACAUCAACACCGUGGCCGCGGGGGGAGGGUCCCGCCUCUUCUUCCGGUCCGGUCUCUACGUUGUCGGUCCCGAAUCCGCGGGGGCGCACCCGGGCCCGGCGUGUUACCGCAAGGGGGGUCCCCUGACUGUCACCGACGCCAACCUGGUCCUGGGCCGGCUGCUCCCCGAGUACUUCCCGCGGAUCUUCGGGCCGGGCGAGGACCAGCCGCUGUGCCGGGACAGCGCGGUGGCCGCGUUCCGCCGCCUGGCCGCCACCAUCGGGGACUUCCGGAGUGCCACGGGGGACAGCGCUGUCCCCGAGGCGUCCCCCGAGCCGCCCUCGGUGGAGGAGGUGGCGCUGGGCUUCAUCCGCGUGGCCAACGAGGCCAUGUGCCGGCCCAUCCGCGCCCUGACACAGGCUCGGGGACACGACGCGUCCCGUCACAUCCUGGCGUGUUUCGGUGGCGCGGGCGGGCAGCACGCGUGUGCCAUCGCCCGCACGCUGCGCAUGGCGCGGGUCUGCGUGCACCGGCACAGCGGGCUGCUCUCGGCGCUGGGGCUGGCUCUCGCCGAUGUCGUGCACGAGGAGCAGGAGCCGUGCGCGCUCCCGUACGGCCCCGGCGCGUUCCCGCGCCUCGAGCAGCGGCUGCGGGAGCUCGAGCGGCGCUGCCGGGACGCGCUGCGGGGACAGGGGUUCGCCGACGAGCAGAUUGUCACCGAGCCGUUCCUGCACAUGCGCUACGAAGGCACCGACGGCGCCCUCAUGGUGUCAGCGCGGGGCCACCCCGCCCGGCCGGACACGUGCCAGGCUGGGGACUUCCUGGGGGCCUUCACCGAGCGGUACCGUCAGGAGUUCGGGUUCGCGCUGCCGGGCCGCGCCGUGCUCGUGGACGAUCUGCGGGUCCGGGGCACCGGCAGCACCGAGCCCGUGGCCCCCGAGCCGCUGGGGCCGCGCGGGGCCGCGCCCAGAGUGGAGACGGUGACCCAGUGCUAUUUCGAGGGGGGGUACCAGGACACCCCCGUGUACCUGCUGGAGGACCUGGGCAGUGACCACGUCCUGCCCGGCCCGGCCAUCAUCAUCGACACCAACAGCACCAUCGUGGUGGAGCCGGGCUGCGUGGCCACCAUGACCCCGCUCGGGGACAUCAACAUCGCCGUGGGGGAGGGGCCGGCCCAGACCCUGGGGACAGAGCUGGACCCAGUCCAGUUGUCCAUCUUCUCACACCGCUUCAUGAGCAUCGCAGAGCAGAUGGGGCGCACCCUGCAGCGCACGGCCAUCUCCACCAACAUCAAGGAGCGCCUCGACUUCUCGUGCGCCCUGUUCGGGCCCGACGGGGGGCUCGUGUCCAACGCCCCCCACAUCCCCGUGCACCUGGGGGCCAUGCAGGAGGCCGUGCAGUUCCAGAUCCGGGAGCUGGGCCCGGAGCUGCGCGAGGGCGACGUCAUCCUGAGCAACCACCCGCGGGCGGGGGGGAGCCACCUGCCCGACCUGACCGUCAUCACACCUGUGUUCUGGCCGGGCCAGCCCCGCCCCGUGUUCUUCGUGGCCAGCCGGGGUCACCACGCCGAUGUCGGGGGCAGCACCCCCGGCUCGAUGCCCCCGCACUCGCAGAGCCUGCGCCAGGAGGGCGCCGUGUUCGUGUCCUUCAAACUGGUGACACGGGGACAGUUCCAGGAGCAGGCUGUCACCGAGGCGCUGCUGGCCCCGGGCGCUGUCCCCGGCUGCUCGGGCACGCGGAACCUGCGGGACAACCUGGCGGACCUGAGGGCGCAGGUGGCGGCGAACCAGAAAGGGAUCGGGCUGGUGCGGGAGCUGAUCGGGCACUGCGGGCUGGAGGCGGUGCAGGCGUACAUGGGAUAUGUGCAGGACAAUGCCGAGGUGGCAGUCCGUGACACGCUCCGGGCCGUGGCCGCGCGCUGGGGGUCGCUGCUCCAGGCCGAGGACUCGAUGGACGACGGGACCCCGAUCCGGCUGCGCGUGGAGCUGGACCCCAAAGAGGGCAGCGCCGUGUUCGAUUUUGGGGGGACGGGCCCCGAGGUUUUGGGGAACUGCAACGCGCCCCGAGCGAUCACCCUGAGCGCGCUGAUCUACUGCCUGCGGUGCCUGGUGGGGCACGACAUCCCCCUCAACCAGGGCUGCCUCGCACCUGUCCAGGUGCUCAUCCCGCCCGGCUCCAUCCUGGACCCCUCCCCCGAGGCCGCGGUGGUCGGUGGGAACGUGCUGACGUCACAGCGCCUGGUGGACGUGGUGCUGCGCGCGUUCGGCGUCUGCGCGGCCUCACAGGGCUGCAUGAACAACGUGACGUUCGGCUCGGACCGGGGCGGGUACUACGAGACGGUGGCGGGGGGCGCCGGGGCCGGGCCCCACUGGGAGGGGCGGAGCGGGGUCCACACGCACAUGACAAACACCAGGAUCACUGACCCUGAGAUACUGGAGCUGAGGUGA